GAGAGAAACUUCAUAUCGGACUGAAGGCGAGAGCCAGAAGGAGCAACUCUCCCCUCAUUUUUGUCUCUCCUCCUCUCCCCACAUUUCCACCUCUCCCUGGCGGAUCUAGUCGGAUCCAGUCUGGGUGAAGCGGACUUCUUGGUGCGAGAUAAUCGGCAGAUGAUGUGAGUUAAUGAGGCGGAGAUGCGGAGGCACAAACUCAGACGCGCACCGCUCCAGCGACAGGUGCGCAACAAGUGAGCGAGAAGAGACGACACGGAGGAGAAGACUGAAUAAAGGAAGUGGCGGGAGGUGACCGGAGAAGGAAGGAGAUAAAGCAGAAACACUUCCCAGGUUCUCGCUAUGGACUCGGGGCAGAGCGCGCAGGUCGCCGACAUGGGAGGAGAGCACUCCGCCGGGGUGUGCGUCGUGGACCGGGACAGGGAGAGGGGCGAGGUGUCCAGCCCCAGCCCUCCGGCCAAGCAGCGCUCCCUGCGGGUGGUGUACGUCCUGAACGACGGGCUGAAGUCGGUGAUGGCCAGCAGCCCGGAAUCCGGAGCGCUGCAGUGCCUGCAGAGAGCCUGCGACUCGGAGAGCGCGCUGCUCACCACCGUCACCUUCGGAAGGCUGGACUUCGGAGAAACAUCGGUGCUGGACAGUUUCUACGAUGCAGACAUCGCGGUCGUCGACAUGAGUGAUGUGUUUCGGCAGCCGUCCUUGUUUUACCACCUGGGUGUGAGGGAGAGCUUUGACAUGGCCAACAACGUCAUCCUUUACCAUGACACUGACCCUGACACUGCCCAGUCACUGAAGGACAUGGUGGCACAGAAAAACACAGCAUCCAGUGGGAACUACUACUUCAUCCCCUACAUAGUGACUCCUAACCAUGAGUAUAUGUGCUGUGAGAGUGAUGCUCAGCGCAGGGCCAGUGAAUACAUGCAGCCCAGCUGGGACAACCUGCUGGGGCCGCUCUGCGUCCCCCUGACGGACCGCUUCACCAGCCUGCUGAAGGACAUCCACGUCACAUCCUGUGCUUCUUUUAAGGACACCCUGCUAAACGACAUCAGGAAGGCCAGAGAGAAAUACCAGGGAGAGGAGCUGGCCAAGGAGCUCUCCCGCAUCAAACUCCGAAUGGACAACACAGAGGUCCUCACCCAGGACAUUGUCAUGAACCUGCUGUUUUCUUAUAGAGACAUACAGGACUAUGAUGCCAUGGUGAAGCUGGUGCAGACUCUGGAGAUGCUGCCAACUUGUGAUCUGGCCACCCAGCCCAUGAUCCAGUUCCACUACGCCUUCGCCCUCAACAGGAGGAACAGUCCAGGUGACAGGGAACAGGCUCUCAGAGUGAUGCUGCAGGUGUUGCAGUCGUGUGAACAUCCAGCGCCGGACAUGUUCUGCCUCUGUGGACGCAUAUACAAGGACAUCUUCCUGGACUCAGACUGCAAAGACACCAAAAACAGGGACAACGCUAUACAGUGGUACAGAAAGGGAUUUGAGCUCCAGCCAACGCUGUACUCUGGUAUCAACCUGGCUGUCCUCCUCAUAGUUGCCGGCCAACAGUUUGAGAGCUCCAUUGAACUGAGGAAAAUAGGUGUGAGGUUGAACAGUCUGCUCGGACGCAAAGGCUCCCUGGAGAAGAUGAAUAACUACUGGGAUGUGGGCCAGUUCUUCACCGUUAGCAUGCUCGCUAACGACAUCCCUAAAGCUACUCAGGCUGCUGAGAAGCUCUUCAAACUCAAGCCGCCUCUCUGGUAUUUGCGGUCGGUGGUGCAGAACCUGCAGCUGAUCCAGCGGUUUAAGAAGCAGACGGUAGAACAUUCUCCCCAGCGGGAGAGACUCAACUUCUGGAUGGACAUCAUCGUAGAGGCCACGCAGAGAACCACCAACCGCCUGCGGUUUCCAGUGCUGAUUCUGGAGCCAACUAAGGUUUACCAGCCCUCCUAUGUGUCCAUUAACAACGAGGCUGAAGAGAAGAACGUCUCCAUCUGGCAUGUUUCCCCAGCUGAAACGAAAGGGAUCCAUGAGUGGAACUUCACUGCGAUGUCCAUCAAAGGCAUUAGUAUCAGUAAGUUCGAUGAGCGCUGCUGCUUCCUCUACGUCCAUGAUAACUCAGAUGACUUCCAGAUCUACUUCUCCACUGAGGAACAGUGCGGUCGGUUCUGCUGCAUGGUGAAAGAGAUGAUAUCUGAUGGUACAGGGAACGCCGUGGAGCUGGAGGGGGAAGGAGACGCAGACACGCUGGAGUAUGAGUAUGACACCAAUGAGACUGGGGACAGGGUGGUGUUGGGGCGGGGCACCUAUGGAGUGGUGUAUGCUGGGAGAGAUCUCAGCAACCAGGUCCGAAUCGCAAUCAAAGAGAUCCCCGAGAGAGACAGCAGGUACUCCCAGCCCCUUCAUGAAGAGAUUGCCCUUCACAAGUACCUGAAGCACAGGAACAUUGUUCAGUAUUUGGGCUCAGUUUCUGAGAACGGAUACAUCAAGAUCUUCAUGGAACAAGUGCCCGGAGGAAGCCUGUCCGCGUUGCUGCGAUCUAAAUGGGGUCCGCUGAAGGAGGCGACUAUAAUCUUCUACACCAGACAGAUCCUGGAGGGGCUGCGAUACCUGCACGAGAACCAGAUCGUCCACCGAGAUAUCAAGGGUGACAAUGUGUUGGUGAAUACCUACAGUGGUAUCUUGAAGAUCUCAGACUUUGGGACCUCGAAGCGGCUGGCAGGAGUCAACCCCUGCACGGAGACAUUCACCGGUACUCUGCAGUACAUGGCUCCAGAAAUCAUUGAUAAGGGCCCUCGAGGGUACGGAGCCCCGGCUGACAUUUGGUCCCUGGGAUGCACCAUUAUAGAAAUGGCCACUGGGAAACCUCCCUUUCAUGAGCUGGGAGAACCACAGGCGGCCAUGUUUAAGGUGGGCAUGUUUAAGAUCCACCCAGAGAUCCCUGAGUCCUUGUCACUGGAGGCCAAGUCCUUCAUCCUGCGCUGCUUUGAGCCGGACCCUCACAAGAGAGCCAUCGCCUCAGACCUCCUCAGAGACACGUUUGUCAGACACAACACCAAGGGCAAGAAGAGCAAGAUCGCUUUCAAACCACCAGACUACAUCCACAACGUUUCCCUGCCGGUGCAGCUGCAGUGCGAGGCCACUGGGAGCAGCAGCAGUGAACACGGCUCCGUGAGCCCGGACUGCGACUCCAAACACGAUGUUUUCUUCCAGAAGAAGAAAAGCUCUGGGUCCGAGAACCUGCUCAAACCCACCAGCUCCAACUACCUGAGUGUUCCAGAUGAGGGUUCAGUUUCAGAGGACCGCAGUGCCCCCCCCUCCCCGGAGGACAGGGACAGCGGUCUGUUCCUGCUGAAGAAGGACAGCGAGAGGCGGGCCAUUCUGUUCAAGGUCCUCAAUGACGACCAGGCAAAGGUCAUCUCCAACCUCAGGGAGAACCACAUCCAGGGCAGUGAGGAGCUCCAGCUGUCUGUUGAACACAUUAAGCAGAUCAUCUGCAUCCUUCGAGACUUCAUCCAUUCCCCAGAGAGGCGCGUCAUGGCGGCCACCAUCUCCAAGCUCAAGCUGGACCUGGACUUCGACUCCACCUCCAUCAACCAGAUACAGCUGGUGCUCUUUGGCUUCCAGGACUCUGUAAACAAAGUCCUGAGGAACCAUCACAUUAAACCCCACUGGAUGUUUGCCAUGGAUAACAUCAUCCGCAGAGCUGUGCAGGCUGCCAUCACCAUCCUCAUACCAGAGCUGCAGACACACUUCGGCCCUGCGUCAGAGUGUGAGGGGGCAGAGAAGGAAGACGAAGUGGAUGAAGAGGAAGCAGAGUAUGGUCCCGUUUUAGCCCCACAAGCCGACGACUCCGGGACGACAGCUGACCCCGCCCACAUCGCUGUCAUCACGCUAAACUCCGCCCACUCCCAGGAGCAUCACCGCUCGCAUCAUCAACUGGGUGCACAGCUGGGGCGGCUGAAGCAGGAGACCAGCAGGCUGCUGGAGGAGCUGCUGCAAAAGGAGAAGGAGUACCAGCAGGUCCUGAAAACAACCCUGCAGCAGAGAACACACGACCUGGAGCUGGUCAAAGUCAGGCACAGACCACCAGACAUUUCACCUCCCUCCAUCUUCCACGUCCCAGCGGACCACGAGCCGGACAAGCAGCUCACUGAUUGGUUGAAAGAGCAAGGGGCAGACGCUGACACCGUCGAUAAGUUUGUGCUGGAGGAAUACACACUGACUGACAUCCUCAAUGACGUAACCAAAGAUGACCUCCGCUGUCUACGUCUACGGGGUGGAGUCCUCUGCCGCAUCUGGCGAGCCAUCCAGCGGCACAGAGAGCGGGAGAGGCUCAGGAGCGACGAGCGCUUGGAAGACGAUGCAUGAUGGGAUACAUGGACUACAGCUCUGGAGGACUCUUGUUUUGCAGAAACACCUGCACACUACCAGCCCUGCAUGGCCACCUCUCCUUCUCUCUCUCCGCGGUGCCUUUUCAUUGCUGUCGUCUCUGCCUUGUCUGCACAGGACUGACUGAAUCUUUGACUUUUUCUCCAUAAGGUGUCACACUCGACCAGACCAAAGCGCUUAAGUGCAGGCACUACUGUGUGUAUCUGUAUGUGCAUCUAGAUGUGUAUGUGCGCCACACUGUGUUUGUGCAUCCUAGCAAACAUGGAAACCGUUUCAAGUGAACCCAGAAUAUCUCUUAUUAGUAUGAAACCGACUUAAAAACAUUGGUGGUUGGAGCAGGUUUUCUCAGGAAAAAAUGUCCAUAAAAACUUUUCGCCCGGUUCCUGUAGCACAAUCUGUUCAGCGCUGUCGACUCAAAUAUAUUUACCAUGCUAAUACUUCUCGCAAGUUUUGCUUGGCUUUUAUCCUCAUGCGAGCAUACAGAUGGACAGCAGAGAGCUGAUUAUGCUGCAGGAGCAGAUUGACAAGUUUCUGAAUCCAAGCACAGCCCAUCACCAACAGCCUGUAAUAAAACAUUUUAUUAGUCAAAUGAAUUGGAAAGAAAUUUUAUUCAGUAAAAACAUGCAAAACCACUUGUGUGGUCUCCAAGACCUUCAGACUGACGCAUCUGUCAAGUGUCCUUUCGGCUCAGUCCCUUUGUAUUUCAGACAAACUGUAAACUGUUAUAAAACAAGAAAAAAUCUUUUAGUUUCAGGUUGAACACUUUCAACAUUUACUGGAUAAUUGUUCCAAAUCUGUGAUGAUCUUCCGUUUACGACUGGAGAUCUGUGGAAAACUUCAGCUGAAAGUCUAACAACUCCUUAAAUUUUGUGGCGUAACAAUGAUGAAGCCACACUGAGAUGAUUUCUGGAAACACGCACACACAUCGUGACUGUCACCACGUCACUGCCUUCACAUUUGCGCGCAUGUUAUUUAUUAGCUGUGUCAGAUUUUCUUUAUAAUCUAAAUGAUGUAACUUUUCUCCUCUUUGUGUUCGUGUAUUUAAAUUUUUUAUUCCAACUAUUAUAUGUGCUUGUCUGUUUACAUGACUGCUUUACAACUGCAAUAAACCUGGAAAUAAAUAAGAGCGUUGCUCA